AUGGCGGACCCAAUCCCUGAUGCCACUUGUAAAGAGAGUGAGAUAAAUGUCGAUGGAAAGCAGGUUGAAGAGACGGUAACAGCAACCACGGCAAAAGUAGAGAAUGAAGUUGAGUUAACAAAAAUGCCUUUCAGUGGGGCUUCUAUGCGAGUGAUGCAAUGCCCUUCUCAAAGAGUUUCAUGCCGACUUUCAAUGUCAAAUACAGCGUUUGCAUCACUUCAAGAGAUUGAUGAGUUACGUUCACGUGUGAGUAAUUUGAAUCGUGAACGGCUUAAAUGGUCUAAUAGUCAACGAGAUUUAGAGAUUGCUCGAUUUGAACUAACUCAAUCACGUGAGGAAUUGCAAACUAUGCGGGAAUACGUUAAGGCUAUAAAAAGUGAACUGGAUGAAGCUAAUGCUAAGGCAGAUCGUGAGGCUAAAGGAAGACAUAGACUAGAAACACAGAUGAGUGAAUUGAUUGCACAGAGAAAAAAUGAAAGUGAUUUUCUAAAGCAACAACUUGACAACAUUAAGGAAGAACACAAUAAACGUCUUGCAGAAAUGAGUGAACGUUCAGAAUUUGAGAAUAAUUCACGUGCAGAAAUGAUGCGAGAACAAAUAAUAAGAGUUACCGAAGAAUUAGAGGCUAUGGAAGCAAAUAACAUUAAUACAGAACAAGAGAGAGUUCGUUUACAAACUGAAAAUGAAGGAUUUCGAGAUGUCAUAAAGACUCUUAAAGAAAAACUUGAGGAUUCACAACGUUCUUUGGAGGGAUACAUAUCUCGCUGUUCUGAACUGGAGAAUAUGCACACGGAAUUUGUAGAAAAAAUUGAAAAAACACAUACAGAAGCGUUAAAUACACAAUUACAACAGAGUGAAGAGCGAUUACGUCAAAUAACAACUUCUAAGGACGAAAUUGUAAAAGACCUUAAAGAGGAAUUACAUUUACUUAAGGAUAAAAAUCGUACCAUCAGUGAUGAGUUAUCUUCACUGCGUCACCGUUACAACGUUGCAGAAGAAGAAAUAAAACAGUUGAGUCACGAUCAUGAAAAAGAAAUAAAACGCCUUCGAGAUGAACAUCAUUUGGCUAUUUGUCAGCAACAACUACAGACAGAAGCUCUUGUCCGUGAAGCGAAAGGUGGAAGAUUGUCUAUGGAGGAGGAAAAAUCAUCCUUAAGACGUCAGUUGGAAAGAUCAUCGAAGGAACUUUCAACCGUUAGUGCUGUGUUAGUGCAACGGGAAAAACAGAUAAUCCAAUUGGAAAAAGAUCUUAGUACCUCAAAAGAAGCUGUAAUGAAAGGGGAACAAGAAUUAAUUUCUGUUACUAAGGAUGCUGAAACACUUCGUGAGGCAUUAAACCACGCAGAAGAACGAGUACAACGAUUAAUGGCUCAACAGGAUAAUUCUGAUGCUGACUACACGAAAGACUUUCGUAUUUUAAAAGAUCAACUUGCUUCCACACAGGAAGAACUUGUUCGUGUGAAGAGUGAGCUUUCUGCGGCUGUGCAGGAUAAGAUCAAACAAGAAACUGAUAACAGAAAUAUCAUAACAGAAUUACGAAACAAUCUGGAAGAUGCAGAACGUGAAAAAGAAACUUUAAAACAAAUUUCGCGUUGUAAGAAAGAAGCAGAAGAAAUGGCAGAAGAAUAUAAAAAUAAAUAUGCUUCUAUGUGUAAAAGAGCAGAAAAUCUAGAUAUUGAACUUAAUGCUGCUACAAACAGAUGUGCACUACUUGAAAGACGACUUGACGAGGAACUACGACGAUCCCUGAGGAAUGUUUCAUUGUCUCCAACUCCUCAACGUCAGAACUGUAAUGAAAAGAGACUUCGAAGCGCUUCUUCUGUAAAUGUUCCACUUUCAAUUACAACGACUUGUCCUUUAAAAAAGAGUCGAUCUGUUGAACCGCGUGUCUUUACUAUAAGUGGAUUUGAAGGGUCAGAGCUUCUUACAGAAAUUAAACAGUUGCCAAAUGCAACAGUGGCAGAAUGUCGUUCAAAUGCACCAGUACCUUCUAACUUAACCCAUUUAAUUACCAAUGGUCAGUUAACAAUCAAAUUACUAACAGCUCUUGUGAGGGGAUGUUGGAUCUUACCAGAGAAGUAUGUCCGAGAUUCUGUACAGGCACAUUCUUGGGUUGAGGAAAAUGUGUACGGAUUCCGUCAUGAGGAACUUCCUUUAUUAAAUCAACGCGUUGGAUUUACAGAAGGAUUUAUUUCAUCCAGACAUUAUAAUACUGCUAAUCUUAUUGUUUCAGAGGGUGGUGCAAAAGUGGAGAACGACUUGCAAAUAGCAGACAUUGUUUUAUGCACACACAGUGAGUAUGGUAACAUGGAGGGAAUACGGACAAUGACGUGGGAUAAGGUUGUGGAACUCAUCUAUCCAGUUAAAGUUGGUGAGGCUCAGUAG